UUAGCGACGGCAGCGGCUUGCGGCAGCAGCGUGACUUACGGCAGCCCUCUAGUAGAGCGCCGUUGCGGGUGGAAUGCAGAAGCGGCCGCGGGCUAGCAGGCGCCCAGAGCCCGGAGCCGGCUGCGCACCAGCAUGACACAGUCGGUGGUCGUACAGGUCGGCCAGUGCGGAAACCAGAUCGGCUGCUGCUUCUGGGACCUGGCACUAAGGGAGCACGCCGCGGUCAACCAGAAAGGAAUUUAUGAUGAGGCAAUAAGCAGCUUCUUUAGAAAUGUGGACACCAGAGUGAUUGGUGAUGGUGGAAGUAUUUCCAAGGGAAAAAUAUGUUCUUUAAAAGCACGAGUAAGAUACAUAAGCUUGGAUUCUUAUAUUACAUUGAUCUUUGACUGUAACAGAAAAGAAAGUUUAAAUGUUAUGGAAGGAAUUGAGAUGCUAAGGAUCAGACCUGGUAUUAGAACUAAUAAAAAAAUGCAAGGAAUUUUAAAAAUCCUCGUUCUUAUUUUCAGGGCUGUGGGUCACAGAGUUUUCGGCAGUCUUUACCAAGACCAGAUUUUAGAGAAACUCAGAAAGUCGGCAGAGCACUGUGAUAGUUUGCAGUGUUUCUUUAUAAUACAUUCCAUGGGAGGAGGAACAGGAUCUGGACUUGGCACAUUUCUUCUAAAGAUGCUUGAAGACGAAUUCCCAGAAGUAUGCAGAUUUGUGACUUCCAUUUAUCCUUCUGGUGAGGAUGAUGUCAUAACCUCACCUUAUAAUAGCAUCUUGGCAAUGAAGGAACUUAAUGAGCAUGCAGACUGUGUGUUGCCCAUUGACAAUCAAUCUUUAUUUGACAUCAUUAGCAAAAUCGACCUCAUGGUGAAUUCUGGAAAGUUGGGUACAACUGUGAAGCCAAAGAGUCUGGUUACUUCAAGUUCUGGGGCUUUAAAAACGCGGCAUAAGAAGCCCUUUGAUGCAAUGAAUAACAUUGUGGCAAAUUUGCUGCUCAACCUAACGAGCUCUGCAAGAUUUGAAGGAUCCCUUAAUAUGGACCUUAAUGAAAUCAGCAUGAAUUUAGUUCCUUUUCCUCAACUUCAUUAUCUCGUGUCAAGCCUAACACCUCUGUAUACACUUACAGAUGUUAACAUUCCUCCUAGAAGAUUGGAUCAGAUGUUUUCAGAUGCCUUUAGUAAAGACCACCAGCUGCUUCGGGCGGACCCCAAACACAGUCUUUACCUUGCCUGUGCGCUCAUGGUUAGAGGAAAUGUACAAAUUUCAGAUGUUCGUAGAAAUAUUGAAAGAUUAAAACCAUCUCUACAAUUUGUCUCCUGGAAUCAAGAAGGCUGGAAGACCAGCCUGUGUUCCAUACCUCCUGUGGGCCAUUCUCAUUCUUUAUUAGCUUUAGCAAAUAACACAUGUGUGAAGCCCACCUUCAUGGAACUGAAGGAGAGAUUCAUGAGGCUCUACAAGAAAAAGGCUCACCUUCAUCACUAUCUACAAGUUGAAGGGAUGGAAGAAAGCUGUUUCACAGAAGCUGUGUCAUCUUUAUCAGCACUCAUACAGGAAUAUAACCAACUGGAUGCCACAAAAAACAUGCCUGUGCAAGAUUUACCCAGACUAAGCAUAGCUAUGUAAAAAAGAAACCCUCAAAAAUACUUUCUUAAUUUCACAUUGUUUUUUCUGACCUUUCUGUUUCAAUAUUUUUGUAAUUUGGAAACCAGUUUUUUCAUAUUAGGAAAUAUUUUUGUCUAAAAGAGUGAUUUCUGUUUAAUCACAAUUUGUUGGUAAUACCAAUGUGUGAAAUUAAUGAAAUCUUAGUACCUUAACUUCAAACAUUUCUCUUCAGAAAAGUUCCCUUUUCUAAAAUUGAGAGAACAGAGUUCUUCAAUAUUUUGCUGUAUUUAUAGCCUCAUAUUUAGGCAUUUAUGCACUGAUAAUCAUAUCUUCAAUUAAAAUCUUGUAUAGAUAUAUUUGUAUAAUUAUUUAUAAUUUAUAUUUUGAUAUUCUAUUUAAGUUAUCCUGAUUCUUUAAAUGUAGUUCCUGGGAGUAGAAGAACACAGUAUAAAUAUUUCCAUGUAAUAUCCACUAAAUUUUCAGGCAUAGGUUUUAUUACAACUGUUAAGGAGGUUUUGCUGCUUCUUUAGAUAACAAUUUGUUUGCUCAAAAGAAUCCUAAUUUGUACACUUUUGUAUUAAACUUUUUAAAUAAUUGCUUUCUUAUCAAACCAAUUGAUUUUAUAAUAAAUGUCCAUAUUUUUCAACAGUACUACUUGUUAUUGUUCUGCAUGUCAUUUAUACAAAUGAACAGAAUGUUACUAAGCUUGAUAUCUUCCAAACUUUGCAAUAAAUGGCUGUAAUUGUUCCAGUUACUAUAAUCUUCA